GUUAGUUAAUCUUCAAGCCUAAAAAUGUCUUCUUUUAGGUCAUCUUCUCGUUACAAUCGAUCCUCCACUCAAUCCGAUCCUUCCUCCUCCACCGACCUGAACAAAACCCACCUCAAUCAAACCAAAAAUCCGGAUGUCUCUUAUGCCCUUGCUAAAUCCAAAUCCACUAAGAACGACCAGAAUUUGACUGCUAUGGUUAAGAAGUUCAUGGAGAAGAGGUCUUCCUCCUCCAUAAAGCCCAAAGCAAGGGACUUUGUGGUGGCCGCGGAUCUUACUACCUUCAUUGCUGAUGAUUUGAAGAAGAAGGGCACAAUGAGUUCCAGGAGAGGUGGAACGACAGCUUUGGGAGGAUUGCAUAAGAAGUUAUUUGGUAACAAAGGUAAAGGGGACGAGAGUGAGGGGAAGAAGAAGGCCUUGACUGAAGCCAAGCCGAAUGCUAGGACUUUGGCGAUGGUGUUGAGAAGUGAGAGGGAGCUUUUGAGUCAGAACAAGGAUCAAGAGGUGGAGAUAACAGAGCUGAAAUUGAUGCUCGAGGAGAAAAACAGAGAGGUAGACAAGCUUAAAGAUCUUUGUUUGAAACAAAGGGAAGAGAUCAAGUCUUUGAAGAGUGCCAUUCUGUUCCCAGAUGUGAUGAAUACACAGCUCCAAGGACUUCUAGAGAAGCAGGAUUCUGAACUAAAACAGGCAAAACAAGUUAUCCCUACCCUCCAGCAGCAGGUUACUUCUCUGACUGGCCAACUUCAGUGCCUUGCUGAGGAUCUAGCAGAGGUGAAAGCCGACAAAUAUUCAGUCUCUGGAUGUUAUGAUGGUCUUAUAAGCUCUCCAAGAACACCUACAUAUGAGCAAGAAGAAGCAACCAAUUCUCUGGAGUUCAGCUCUGGGGACCGAACAACCCCUGGCAGUCCAGAUGACAUGUUCUUAAAUGAUCUAAACCCUUGUUUAACACCUUAUGCCAAGUCCAAGUCUAAGGAAUUUGAAGCCAUUGAAUAUCAUGAGAACUCAUCGUACAAUGAUACAAGGUUUCAUGAUAUUGGCUUUGGUAGAAAAUUGUCAAAAAGUUCGACUAAUCACCAUCAUGUCAAUUCAGGGAAGAUUCUUGGUCGAGCAGGUUGCAGAUCAGAUGAAAACAAGUACACAUAUGGUAAGUAUAUGCACUAUUAAAGUUAUUCUUAGAGUAGUUUGAUGUGGAGCUCUCUUGUUCAUCCGGUUUGUAGGAUGUGAAAUUUAUGCCCUUCAUCUUUGUAUCUUGAAAACACUAUUUUACUGCGAUUCCUAGUUAUCAACUCUUGUUCAAUAAUAAUACUAUAAAAUAAGCUUUUUUAUGUUUUUGGUAACUUCAUUAUCAUGUAGUAGCGUUUUUAUCAUCAUGAAUC